GGCCUGCGCAGUGCGACGCUUAGAGGAAAAGCGAGAGGGUGACGGACGUUGAGAGAACGAGGAGGAAGGAGAGAAAAUGGCGUCCACGGAUUAUAGUACCUACAGCCAAGCUGCAGCCCAGCAGGGCUACAGUGCUUACACAGCCCAGCCAACUCAAGGAUAUGCACAGACCACCCAGGCAUAUGGGCAACAAAGCUAUGGAACCUAUGGACAGCCUACUGAUGUCAGCUAUACCCAAGCUCAGACCACUGCCACCUAUGGGCAGACUGCAUAUGCAACUUCUUAUGGACAGCCUCCCACUGGUUAUACUACUCCAGCUGCCCCCCAGGCAUAUAGCCAACCUGUCCAGGGGUAUGGCACUGGUGCUUAUGAUACCACCACUGCUACAGUCACCACCACCCAGGCUUCUUAUGCAGCUCAGUCUGCAUACGGCACUCAGCCUGCUUACCCAACCUAUGGGCAGCAGCCAGCAGCUACUGCACCUGCAAGACCACAGGAUGGUAACAAGCCUACUGAGACUAAUCAACCUCAAUCUAGCACAGGGGGUUAUAACCAGCCCAGCCUAGGCUACGGACAGAGUAACUACAGUUAUCCCCAGGUUCCUGGAAGCUACCCGAUGCAGCCAGUCACCGCACCUCCAUCCUAUCCUCCUACCAGCUAUUCUUCUACACAGCCGACUAGUUAUGAUCAGAGCAGUUACUCUCAGCAGAACACCUAUGGGCAGCCGAGCAGCUAUGGACAGCAGAGUAGCUAUGGUCAACAAAGCAGCUAUGGGCAGCAGCCUCCCACUAGUUAUCCCCCCCAGACUGGAUCCUACAGCCAGGCUCCAAGUCAAUAUAGCCAACAGAGCAGCAGCUACGGGCAGCAGAGUUCAUUCCGACAGGACCACCCCAGUAGCAUGGGUGUUUAUGGGCAGGAGUCUGGAGGAUUUUCCGGACCAGGAGAAAACCGGAGCAUGAGUGGCCCUGAUAACCGGGGCAGGGGAAGAGGGGGAUUUGAUCGUGGAGGCAUGAGCAGAGGUGGGCGGGGAGGAGGACGCGGUGGAAUGGGGUUACAAAGUGAGAGCCUUGUAUACACUUCAAUACUUAAAAAGUACCCGUACUCAGUACUCAGCCGGCAGCAUAAUGAAAAGUGGGACUAGACACGGUGUCCAUAUGGAGAGGAAAAAUAUACAUAGAAUAUUUUUAACAAAAUGUAUUCAUUGUAUAAAUGGAAUCCUUCUGUAACUUUGGUAACUGCAUACUUGUUGUUUGGUAAUGAAUCAGAGGAGGUAUAAUACUCUAGAAUUGUGUAACAUUAAAGUGUAAACUUUUGUGUUUAAAGAGAGAGAACAUUUUAUGGUGUGUACUUUUAAAAAGGACGCAAAGCUGCAUGCAACAGCUUGAAAUGUAUAUUCAGGUAUUAAAGGUGCAAUACUGGUUACAAACAGCUUAGGGCCUCCCACUGGGGGAGUGCCUUUAUUUACUCUUUAAAAUCUAAGCCAAAUUUAUAUUCACCCCUCCUUUCUUUAGAAUAUGUAAUUUUAUACUGCCAUAAUCAUUAUUUUUAACUGAUAUGUCUAUAAAGUUGCACCCUCAGUCCAUUGAGCCUUGGUAUUUGUUGUAAAUUCUCCUUUCACAGCGACUGUUAAAUCCAUUAGUUUCCUGAACUGUAUGGCUUUAUGCUGAAGAUUGGCUGGAUGCGUCCUGAUGUGUGUAUAGACAUUUAAUGUGGUUGUCUCCUGCCUCACUAUACUGUGAUUUGUUAGGAAGCCCAGGGUCUCAUUUGCCUCUCACCCAGAGAGGUUGGGGGUGCAUCUUUAUGAACAUGAAAAGGUUCAUCACAAUAGUUGCCUCUGCUUGCCACUCUUCUCUACACCAAGCUGUCCUGGUUCUUCAACUGAUGGGGUGGGUGUUUGGGGUCCAGUUUCUUUACUCCCUAAUUUGCCAAGUAUUGCACUAUUAAUACCAGCCCCGAAAUGAAAGGAACCAACCACACUGGUGUGUACAAUCAGACAAGCAAGGUUGUAUAUUAAGGAAAUUUGAGCAAGCUGCCCUGAAGAAAGGCAUAGUGACAAGAUGAGAGAGAUGCAUUGUUUGGAGAUGUGUUUAGCCAGUGCCCUUCUUCCCCACGAGCCCCCCCAAGGCUCAGAGCGGUACUGGCUUUUAAAGGGAAAGGCCUUCAUUUCUUCGUUUAUCCCCCCAGCAGCGCUGGAGAGCGAGGUGGCUUCAAUAAGCCUGGUG